GGCCCCGCCCCCUGCCGCCUGCCCCUGCGCUGCCCAGUGGCCAGGAGAUGAUGAAGAGGCCGGCCAGGCAGAGGAAAGGGAGGAAGAGGGCCCCGGCCUAAGGCAUCAAUCGGCAGAAGCCCAGGAGGAGGCACAGACCCCCGACAUCCCUCCAGGCCGGGAUGGGGCAGCAGUUCAGCUGGGAGGAGGCGGAGGCGGCCGGCGAGAUGGACGUGGCCGAGCUCCAGGAGUGGUACAAGAAGUUCGUGGUGGAGUGCCCCAGCGGCUCUCUCUUCAUGCACGAGUUUAAGCGCUUCUUCAAGGUCACAGGCAACGAGGAGGCCACCCAGUACGUAGAGGGCAUGUUCCGAGCCUUCGACAAGAAUGGGGACAACACCAUCGACUUCUUGGAGUAUGUGGCCGCCCUGAACCUCGUGCUGAGGGGCACCCUGGAACACAAGCUGAAGUGGACCUUCAAGAUCUAUGACAAGGACCGCAACGGCUGCAUCGACCGCCUGGAGCUGCUCGACAUUGUGGAGGCGAUCUACAAGCUGAAGAAAGCCUGCAGGGUGGAGGAGGAGGCCGAGCAGCAAGGACAGCUGCUCACACCCGAGGAGGUGGUGGACAGGAUCUUCCUUCUGGUGGAUGAGAACGGAGAUGGCCAGCUGUCUCUGAAUGAGUUCAUUGAAGGUGCCCGUCGUGACAAGUGGGUGAUGAAGAUGCUCCAGAUGGACAUGAACCCUGGUGGCUGGAUCUCUCAGCAGAGGCGGAAAAGCGCCAUGUUCUGAGGGGUCUGGGGCCUUCGGGAGUCCACAGGCCCCUCCAAGACUCCGGGUUCACCAGGUUUCCAGAGUAGUGGGAGGGGCCCUGGCUCAGCCUGUGUAUGCUCCCUCUUAUCUGCCCCCCCCCCAUGAAAGGGGUUGGAACCAAGCAGGGGGUAGGGGCCGUUGGGCUGAAGUGGCCAACGGGAGACAGUCCACUGGGAGGAUGUACUGGGGUGGUGAAGGGAACUGGUUUCCUCUGUCUCCCUUCAACUGCUUCUGGAACAAGUAUGUGUUGGCGGCGGGGGUUGGGGGG